AUGGAGUUCUUUUAUGGCAUUGAUGAGACUCUUGAGGGAAACCCUCAAAAAGAAGCCAUAAAUCAAAAUGUUACCUUAUUUUAUGCCAACAAACUUGGCCUCUAUCCUCACAUUGAUCUGAAAAAUGGAAAUGAAAAAUAUGGAGGAAUUCCUCAGCAGGGAAGUCUAACAGCCCAUUUGAAGAAGGCUGAGGAAGACAUUCUGAAAUACAUUCCAAAAGACCAGUUGGGUUUGGCUGUCAUUGACUGGCAGGAGUGGAGACCUCUUUGGAUAAGAAACUGGGGAAACAAAAUUAUUUACAGGAACAAAUCGAUUGAUUUAGUUAAGCAAAAUUACCCAAGUCUUCGUAUUGAAGAGGCCACUAAGCGUGCCAAAGAAGAUUUUGAAAAUGCAGGAAAGAACUACUUGCUGAAGACUUUGAAACUAGGACAGUCAAUUCGACCAAAAAAUUAUUGGGGUUUUUAUCAUUAUCCUGAGUGUUUCAAUUACAAUUAUAAUGAUAUCAAUUACAAUGGAAGUUGCCUACGAUCAGAAAUUGAGAGAAAUGAUCUGCUCAACUGGUUGUGGAAUGGAAGCACUGCCCUUUUUCCAUCCAUUUAUUUGAAUACAAAUUUAAAAUCAUCUAAAAAGGCGGCUCUCUAUACUCGUAAUCGUGUUAGGGAAGCCUUUCGGGUUUCUAAAGUACGUAAUCCUCAAAAUCCAUUACCCGUUUUUGUAUAUAUACGUCCAGUUUUUGUUAAUCAAAACACAGAAUUUCUUUCUGAGAUUGAUCUUGUGCAUACAAUUGGUGAAAGUUUUGCUCUUGGGGUCUCUGGAGUUGUAAUGUGGGGAAGCUCCAAUUUAACUAUUUCUAAUGUUACUUGUGGAAAUCUAAAAAGUUUUGUGAUGAAGACACUAAAUCCAUACUUAAUAAAUGUCACUCUAGCUUCUAAAAUGUGCACACAUGUACUUUGUAAAGAUCAAGGAGUUUGUACCAGAAAAGUCUGGAAUUCAAGUGACUAUCUUCACCUGAACCCAAAUAAUUUUGAUAUUAAGUUUAACUACUGUGACAAGUUUAUAGUAUUUGGGGAACCCUCAAUUCAAGAUCUAAAGCAAUUUUCUGAAAAAUUUGAUUGUGCCUGCUUUACCAAUAUAAAGUGUAAAAAGAAUGAAAAAAUAGAAACUACUAAGCAUGUUAGAAUAUGCAUUACCGAGGAUGUCUGCAUAUCAGCCUUUGUUAAUCCAGAAAGCAGUGUCAUUCCCUAA